UGGUAAGUGAUUGGUGAUUGUUGAUCUUCUUAUGCUGCAGCAUUCAUGAGAGCAAAUGUUUAGGGAAACCAAUGGUUUAUACUGUUGCAGCUGCUAUACAAUAGGUUGCACAAGGACAAUAUGUCUGGUAUGGAGGAUGUCAAAGAUCAAGAACGUGUGGGUGAAGAUGUCCCAGAGGACUCUGAAAAGUCCAUGCCCUCAUCCCAAGAGGAGGAUGAAGCUGUGAAGAAGAAGCAUGGAGGAAUUAUGCCUAAUAAACCACCACUGAUAUCUAAGGACCAUGAACGGGCUUACUUUGACUCUGCUGAUUGGGCUCUGGAAAAGAAGGUGGAUGAGAAGCCCAAGGGACCCCUUGAGAAACUUCGACCUAAGUUACAGCCAACACAGCAGCAAACGCAAUAUCGGAAAUCGCCUUAUGCGCCAUCAGAUGGCGAAGGAGGGAAUGCUUCACCGGAGGAUACAGCUGCAAAUGAAUGAGAGGCCGGAUGUGAGUCCAUUGACCUUUGCCUGGCGAACAAUAUUGAUGAUUCGUCAUUAUAUCGGAAUAGAGAUAUAACUUGUCAAACUUUUUUUAAUUAAAAUAUGAGAAUUCAUUUGCAAAUCGCCACAGAUAAUGUUAUUGAUGUAGAACAAGGAACACAAAGGGCCAUUCCUGCUCACCUUCCACCAUUUCCACCAUCAUUCAUAAGGCCAUUCCUACUCAUCCACCUUCUCUACUAUUAUUAUCUUGUGAUAUUGUAUUUUUCCACUUAAGAGUAUUUUAUUUCCCUUAUUGUAGUAUAAAUAGGAGAUAAC